AUGCGCUACACUACUACAGUAAUUGCACUGGCUGCCUUUGGCUUGCUUGGUAGUGUUCAUGCACCCCCUUCCCGCAGCUCAGGUCGCUGGGUCAACCUCGCCUCCAUUCCCACUCCCCGUCAAGAGCAUGGGACCGUCGCCAUCGGCAACUCAACUAUUGCCAUCGUUGGUGGCAUCGCUCCUCGAGACAACGGUACCACCGCAGUCAUCACAGACCUAGUUCAGCUCUACGAUAUUACCUCCAAUACCUGGCGCACUGGAUCUGCGUCACCAUUUAAGGUCAACCACCCCAACCUUGCCUCCGUGGACCCGAACAAGCUCUACCUGCUAGGCGGUCUGACCGACGUACCACCUCCAAAAGGUCAGCCCCUAGGUAUGAACUGGAUUGCCUCCAAGGACUGCUACGUUUAUGACGCUGCAACUGAUACGUGGGCCGAAAUUGCCUCCAUGCCCAACGGCACAGAAAGGGGCAGUUCCGUCGUCGGUGUUCAUAACGAGAUGAUAUAUCUAGCCAGAGGAAUGACUGUCCUCCAGACUGAAUACCAAGACGCCAUCAAUUCAGUCAUCUCAUUCAGAACCACCUCUGGCCUCUGGCAGAGACUUGAGUCCGCUGCGGCUGAACUGCCAGCAAGCCGUCAGCACGCUACUGGAUUGGUCAUUGGAGACACUUUCUAUGUUAUCGGUGGACGCCGAUACGGCCAGAUGUAUCAUUGA